UAGACUAAAAAUCGAUAUAUCCAAUUUUGCUCAUAUUGCUGUUCAGACUUAAGAGACGCCAACCUCAGAAAUUAGGAGUGUUCUGAGUAAAAGUAAUUAAAUAUAACAGUAGAGUUGGCUUCUAGAUUCCUCUAAACUACUAAAAACAUUGCUACAACAGGUUACCUCUAACAUUAUAAGAAUUCGAAUCGAGUUUCCACAAAGGUUUUUAAUGAUGAGUGAAGAGCUGAGUCCACCUCCCAAGAAAACGAAGGUCGAGUUCGAAGCUGAGACAGGAGAGAUAGACUUCGCUGACGAUACUAUAGUGGAAAACAAGUUUGAUAUUAAGGAGCGCUGCGAGAACUUCCUCACGACCCAGGAGUUGGAACAGCUCCGAGAGUUCAAGGUUCUGGACGAAGUGAAAGCCAACGAAGAUGACAGCAAUGAUGACAAUUCAGAGAAGAGUUCCACUGGAGUGCCUGAAGAGGAAUUAGAUAAGAUGUUGGACGAAAAUCUGCCAGAGGAUUUUAAGACGGCUCCGAAACCCAAAGAGAAGACGUACGUCGCGAGAACCAAAAUUGUGCUUGAAGAAAAGGGUGUAAAUCAGUUUGAGAACCUUCCGCUGGACUGGAUGAUGAUACGCCAUCACAGCGGAAUGCCGAUAUACAUGCACCGAAGCACGCGCGUCUGCACCCUGUCUAAACCGUACUUCAUCGGCAAAGAGAACACUAGGAGACACGACAUACCGAUCAGCGCUAUACCCUGCUUAUUGUACAGACGUGCGCUGGAAGAGGAAGAAAAACAGAAGGAAAUAGACAGGCAAAUAGAAGAGCAGAUUAAAAAUGGGAUGUACGCGCAGAAUCAGGGCGAGGGUAUAGUCAUUAAAAACGAAGAAGACGCGUCCACGCAGAAUACUGGUGAUUUUCCACAGAUUUCCGUCCUGCCGGAAAUAAAAUUGCGGACCGAUUUACAGUUCGAUAGAAAUGUUAAUAUACAGCAGACGGAGAUCAAACAGGACGUGAGUGAUAGCAACGAUGCAGAGCCGGAGUCGGUGGAGCAGAAAUACUCAGUAACAAUAGACAGCCAGAACAAAAUCAAUGACGAUGUCACACAAGUAGCUGAUAAAGCUACGACUGAGAUAGACAAGAAAUGUCCGCUGGCCAUGAUCACGAACAACGGAGACGAUAAGUAUGAGAGCCAAGUGGAAUACGAGGUCACAGUCAAGAUAGAAAACGAGACAUCGGAUAGCGAGGACACUAUUAAGAAAGAAGUAAUUGACAACGAAAACAACGAGCUGACCUCAGACGACCUCAAAGAGAGUGAGCGGAAUGAAAAUGGCGGUGAUGUGGAGGGGAUACCGCACCGACAGCCGGUGGUGUUGCCAGGUGGCAUAGUGAUGCCCCCGCCGCGCGUUGAGUCGGUCAACACCAGCUGGAAAACGAAACAUUUGACCCCAGAACAGGUCACCGAGUAUUGCAAAAGGCUCUUCCAGUUUAAGAGCCUUAAUAUAAUGCAUUUCAACCGUUGGACGGAUCGUCGGAAGUACACAAAAGCCAGGAAGACGCUCCAAUACCCUACACUCCCAGCGGGCACCACCCUUAUAACUAUACCGGCUCAAAAUGGUGGCAAAACAGCGAAACGCGACUGGGUCAUGAAUAUGAACGGCCGGAGCUAUCUCUCAGUGUUCCACGAGUACGUCUGUCGGGCCUUGCAGAAACAGCCUGUGUACGAAUACAAACAACUAGAGAACGCAGCUACGCCGUACCAAGCUGCCGUGUAUAUCGGCGGUAUGCAGUACGGCGUGGGCUACGGGUCGAGUAAGAGACAGGCGAAGUACGCCGCAGCUAGAGCAUCCAUACACAUCCUGAUACCAGAGAUGAAGAACCACCUCGAGCCCCCCGCCGCCGCUCCGCAGAACCCCGAGACUGACUUCACGUUUUUCGACUACGUCGGUAUAGAGGACCCUCGUAUCGCCGAGUUCUGUGCAGCGACUUGCGAGCCUUCGCCCCACGCUAUACUGAGGACAUGUCUGUUAAGGAACUUCGGCGCCGGAGAUAGGCACAUCCACACUGAGAUGAAGAAGCUGGAGUAUCAGAAGACCGAGCUGACUAUGACGGUGGGGAAACAUACCGCCACUGUGGUCUGCAAGAACAAGAAGACCGCCAAGCAGCGAGCGUCGCAGGCUAUACUACAGGCUCUACAUCCUCACGUCCGCUCGUGGGGUUCGCUGCUACGUCUCUACGGCUCGAGAUCGGUGAAGAGCUGCAAGGAAAAGAAGCUGGAGGAGCAGCAGAUCACGCUGCUACAGGACAAGGCCAGACAGAACGAGCCCAACUACGCUGUACUGGACAAGCUGAGACACGAGAUGAUAAAGCUAAAGGAAAGAGAUGAGGCCGUUGUACCAAUCGGAACGCUCCUACUGACCGACGACCUGCCCACGCACUCCGGAUCCAAUUUGAAUAAUGUUGACUUGUGAUCAUCAAUGUUUGAGGUCAUAUACAACUAUAUGAUUCCAUGACAUCUAGUGUAAUUAGUGUGUUAUGUGAGCACGCUUCCCAGUAAGACUUUGAUAUGACCAGUAUGGGUCAAUGACUUGACAGUGAUUUCAGUGCUGCCAUCAAUAGGACGAAUCUGUCGUAAUUUUAUAUUAAAAUUCAGAUCUAGUCACAGUGGCGAAAAAAAAAGUGUUUUAAACUUGUUCGUGGGAAGUGAUUAUGUGGGUUAUUUACAUGUUAUAUUUAAUCACAUUUCCAUAUUAGAUUGGGUAUUGAAUGGCAACACUGUCAAGGGUUGUCACUUAGUAAUAUCCUCAUGUAAUUAAUCUGAAGUUUUUAUUAUACACCCUGGUAUUGUAAUGCAAGACAUUGCAAAUUAGUUAAAUAAACAUUCAGCCAUUCAGUGCUGAUGUUUUUUUGGUGUUCCAGUAAAAUGUUAUGGCCUAUAUUCGUAUUAUUGUUAUAGUUUAUGAUCUAUGUAAAAUUAUUGAUGUUCUUGACAUUAAGUCAAGAACGCACCAUUAACUUUAUAUGAGCGGUUCCAGUAAUGUGCCCAGCCUUUAGAGAUGUAUAGAGUAUAUAAGCGAAAUGUUAUACAAAAAUUUUCAGUACUAUAAAAUAUAUUAAUAUAUUGAGAAAGGUGUUUACAAUAUAUGAUGGCGUCUGUUCAAUGUGUUGAUAGAAAUAUUGCUGUUAUUUAAGACAAUUUUACCUUAUAACAUUAUAAGAAGCGUACGCAUAGUGUAGUGAGAACAUUGUAAUGAUUAGUGUGUAACGGGGUUAUCGAGUUGUGUGGGUUAAAAUUAACUGCAUGUUAUUGUGUCUGGAAUGCUUUGAUGUUGCUCGUUGAUUUAAUUGUUAGUGUAGGUUUAGAUGUAGGAAUCCGAUAAAUAAAAUACCUCCAAGUAAACUAAUGUUGCCUCCGUACAACUUUAUAGUAGAAUUAUUAUAUGCAAUUUUAUAUUAGAAAUUAACUUAAUCAUUAUUCUAGUGCGUUUUAAGAAUCAAUGGAUCGCUGUAUUUUAAUAUUUUUAAUGUUAUUGUAGGUUAUUUAACUUAUAUAUAUAUAAAGGGAAUGCUUCGGGAUUAUUAUCAGAUAUAAUAUUUUACAUUUCGUAUAGAAUUCUUUAGUAUUAAGCAAUAAAGGUGAGUUAUAUCAGAACAGUGACGGCUUCAGCUAAUUAUGUUGUAGUGUAUUGAAAUUUUAAAUUUGAUAUUAAAGGUGGGCUGAUAUUUUGUAGGCUGGAGUUGGCGUCGUGUGGAGUUUUAACAAUGUGUACAAACAAUUCUGAAAUGAUAUAGCGUAUAAAUUUAAUAUUUUAAUAAAGCACGCAAACAUAUAUAAA